AUGGCUAUCCAACAAUCAACACCCCACACGAAACUCUUCAUACAAAUGUCCGGCCGUCCAGGUUCCGGGAAAAGCACCCUAUCCAGACUCCUGCGCUCAUCCAUCAACGGCGUAGUAAUCGACCACGACAUCCUCAGAUCACCACUUCUCGAAUCCAAUAUCCCAUUCAACCAGGCUGCAAAAUUAGCUUACACGCAACAGUGGCGCCUAGCCGAAGACUUUGCAAAACAAGGUGUUGAAAACAUUAUUAUCGACAGUCCUUGUAAUUAUCAAGAGGUUCUUGAGCAGGGAUCUACGUGUGCGAAACGGUUUGGGUAUACAUUCUGGUAUAUUGAAUGCCAGAUAGAAGACGCUGAGAUGUUGGAACGGCGGCUGCAAAAUAGAGAGCCGAUGACGAGUCAACGGACUGGGAUUGAGGCUCCACCUGCUGCUGUGCUGGGUGGGUGUGUGGAUGAGGACGCUCGCGAGGUUCUUAGGAAGUGGACUAAAGUUCCCUGUCGUCCGGAUGAGAACACUGUUCUUGUUGAUUCUGCGGGCGAUCUGGUGGUGCUGAGAGAUUACAUCCUGCAGCAAAUCGUGUAA